UUCCGUUCCUGGCCUAACCUUAGUAUAUUAAAGAACCUUGGUUAUUUCCUAAAUUUAGCAAUGGUGGUAACUUGUUCGGCAUAUGGUUGUACUAAUAGGCGUAUUCAUGGUACUAAAUUAACGUUUCACAGAAUUCCUAAAGAUCCAGUUUUAAAAGCAUCUUGGAUACGAGCCAUACGGAGAAAAGACUGGAUUCCUACAAAGAAUAGCUAUGUGUGUUCUGAGCAUUUCAAAGAGAAUGACUUCAAUCGAACUUAUGCUUGUAAAAGGGUAUUGCUUAGAGAAGAUGCUGUUCCCAGCAUUUUUAAAGGACUUCACAGUUAUCCAUCAGAAGCUAAAAAAGUUCAUGCAUCAAGGCAGGGGAAAAAGUUUAAAGUACCAGAAUAUCAUAUUGAAGAAGAUGUACAUGAUAUCAGCAGCAAAAGAGACCGUUUUCUCAAAUGGAAAAAAUGUGCAGAAAUAGACAACACUGAAGUUGUUAUGCAAAAAUCAAACUGUCCAGAAAUCACAGCAUUUGAAAAUCAGUGGAAAAGUAAAUAUGAAUCUUCAGAAAAAGAGAGAGAGUCAGAUGCAGAUACUUCAGAUUCAUCAACAGAGGAAAAUAAUAAAAAAUAUGUCAGAGGGUUUCCUCCUGACCGUGAACCAGAAAGAAUAAUUGGUGCUACAGAUAAAAAUGGAGAACUGAUGUUUUUAAUGAAAUGCUAUUUUCAUUCAGGAAAGGCUCCUAUCAACCUAAUUUGGUUAGAGCAACAGAUGCAAAUGUAAAAUGUCCUCAAAUUGUAAUUAACUUUUACCAAGAACGACUUACUUGGCUGCUACAAGACAGAAAAUGAUGACAACCAACCAGAAAAUCAAACAUUGAUGAAAGGAUCACCUGAUUUCUUAGACUGGAUAGUUCAAGAACUAAAUAUUUUUUUUUACAAGUACAUUCCUUAAAACACUGUUUUUUUAAUAUGUAUUUUGAAUACAGUCAAAAGUCGUUAAUCCGGACUCGUCGGGACUUCGGCGAUUCCGGAUUAUAGAUC